AUGUCGCUGUUGCUCGUCGUAUCUGCUUUCGUCCUCUACCCGGAGACGGUUUUCUACCUGACCGGCAACCACGAAUCGUCAUAUGUACACUGUGAUCACGGGUUCUGUGACGAGCUCCAGAGCGCCGGUUAUAAAGGUUCCGUGUAUGUCGCAAUGCGCGGCUUCUUCGAGUGCCUUCCGGUCGUUGCCGUGCUCGAUAAGCGUAUCAUCGCCAUGCACGGAGGACUGGGACCCGAGAUCACAGCUGAAGAACUUCGCCGAGGUUUCGAUCCGCAGGACGGCUUGAAGCACUGGCUGAUAGAGGCAAUUACUUGGAGUGAUCCAAGCUACCUCGUGCAAAACUAUGAGCUGAACAAAAGUCGAAGUGGCGGUUGGUUCUUCGGCCUUGAGGCCAUCGAAGAGGCGCGCCAGAAACUCGGCAUCCAGUUCAUCGUGCGUGCACACCAGGAGAUGAACACCGGUGUGAGAUUCUUCGGAGAUUGGCUGAUCUCGGUGUAUACAGCAUGCUGGCGAGGUUCUUACUCGGACGACGGGGGGUGGGAAGAACGAAGAAGGUUGAUUAUCGAGCAGGACGAGACCAAUACCCCGGAAAUUGGCGGCGUGCUGGUGUAUGAUGGCUGCGAAACGUUCAAGAUGAUCCACUUCGUGCCCGUGCAAAAGCCCUACAAAUCGCACGCCGAAUUCGCCGCAGCCUUUGCUGAGAAAAUCAAGAACGACCUAGCAUUCUCGGAAAACAACUUCGAUUGCGUUGCCAGCCCAUUCAAAAAGAAAGUGCCCGAGGCUAAGAAAGCGGAAGCGGCAGAUAAAACCACUCGCAUUGCACGGGCUGCGACGAAGGUGGCUGAAGAAACGGUUGAUCGAACCCAAGAGGACCCUACCGACGCCGAGGCCAAGCCU